GGAGAGCGGCGGAGCAGCGAGUGGCAGUGUUGUUGUGGCGCUUCGUGGAGGAUGAACAUCUGUGAUUAUGACAGACAACCAUGAAGAGAAAUGGAAACAUCGCGGGCUGAUAUUUCCGAGUGCAUCCACACGGAUUUGGACUGGGCGCAACAACCUUUCGGCUGCGUGAUUUCCAGCCAUUUUUCGGGUCAUUCCCCUGGAUUUGAAGUUACGGACUGUUUAGUUCCCGGAGUAAAUGAAGAGAAGGGGGCCUGGAAUCUCACAGACGUUGGGGGGAAGUUGGGCUAGCUGGGGGGAAAACGUUACUGCUCGUUGAAAUAGCGCUAAUUUAUAUAUUUUAGAUUGCCUCGACUGUCUCAUUGUCACUCAUUUAGGGUUAUAUCUUCUAUGUAAAGUUCAUUUUGAUUGAAAGCAGCUGUCGGAGAGCUAGGCUAGCCCGCUAGCUCCAUGCAGAGCUAGCUUCUCGAUGCUACACAAGCGUCUCCUGAAUGAAAAAAGAAACGACGCAUUUCUAGUUUGAGCGUUUUUAAAUAAAUUCACCACAGAGCAGUGGGAAGUUUAAAAUAAUUACUGACAUGUUUUUGCUGCUUUUUUAGAGUUUCCAGCCUGAUUCAGAUGGUUAUCAGUUUGUUCAGUCGACUCAGUUUGAUUACAUAAUGUCUUAUUUACAUGGGAUGUUUUACUCCCAAUGUGCACUACCUUUAAUCAAACUCCUCAGUAUUUAACACAUUUAUGACACCCACUUUAUUUAAACAUUUUAACCGGAAAUAGUGAAAAGCAAAGCCUCUGCAGCUGGACCCACAUCCAGGUAGUUCAUGGCAAAACAGACUUUGUUUUGGAUCAAGCCAGAGGGAAAUAACAUAUUUUGAGCCUCCUGGGGUCAGAGGUGGAGAUGGGCAGCCAGGGCAGCCCGGUGAAGAGCUACGACUACCUGCUGAAGUUCCUCCUGGUGGGAGACAGCGACGUGGGCAAAGGGGAGAUCCUGGACAGCCUGCAGGACGGAUCUGCAGAGUCUCCCUAUGCCUACAGCAGCGGGAUCGACUAUAAAACCACAACGAUCCUUCUGGACGGCAGGAGGGUGAAGCUGGAGCUGUGGGACACGUCGGGUCAGGGUCGGUUCUGCACCAUCUUCCGCUCGUAUUCCCGCGGCGCUCAGGGGAUCCUGCUGGUGUACGACAUCACCAACCGCUGGUCCUUCGACGGCAUCGACCGCUGGAUCAGGGAGAUCGAUGAGCAUGCACCGGGCGUGCCGCGGAUCCUGGUGGGGAACCGGCUGCACCUGGCCUUCAAGCGGCAGGUUCCCACGGAGCAGGCCCGGGCCUACGCCGAGAAGAACGGCAUGACCUUCUUCGAGGUCAGCCCGCUCUGCAACUUCAACGUGAUCGAGUCCUUCACGGAGCUGUCGCGCAUCGUCCUGAUGCGGCACGGCAUGGAGAAGUUCUGGAGGCCCAACAGAGUCUUCAGCCUGCAGGACCUGUGCUGCAGAGCCAUCGUGUCCUGCACGCCCGUCCACCUCAUCGACAAGCUGCCGCUGCCCGUCGCCAUCAAGUCCCACCUCAAGUCCUUCUCCAUGGCCAACGGCAUGAACGCCGUCAUGAUGCACGGACGCUCGUACUCGCUGGCCAACCCGGCCGGCGGCUCCAAGGCCAACAGCCUGAAGCGCUCCAAACCCAUCCGCCCGCCGCAGAGCCCGCCGCAGAACUGCACCCGCAGCAACUGCAAGAUCUCCUAGGAGACGGGCGGAGAGCCGGACUGCAGAGGCGUCACUACAGAACCUCACCGCUCUCCUCCGAUAAGCUAACCCACGUUUCACACUACAGAACCACAGCAGAUCCGGUCCAGGCUCGCUUUGGUGCCUUGAUCCACGUUUUCUCACUAACACGGUCCGGUUCCACUUCCUCUGGCUCCCAGGUUCGGGUUUUACGUUUAUGGUUUUUAUUUCUCGGUUAAUCGAAGCGUUUUAAGUUCUGAUUGGACUGGACUUUAACUGGGUCGGACGGUUCUGUUUACUGCAGCUUUACCUUCCCUCUUGUGUUUUAGACCUGAUCAUAUUCAGUAUUUUUAUUAGAAUACCUCGGACGAGCUCCUUCCUGACCCAAACAUCGACCCAGUCGGAGAAACCGGACGGGUUCAGGCAGAACCGGGCCUUAUUUACAGUGAACUCUGACCCGUUUUUAAACGUUUUUAGGUUUGUUUUUGCCUUCAUCUGCUUCACUUUGAAUCUGAAUGAUAAAAUUUCAGAUUUUAUCAGUUUUUUAUUUUGUUUGUUUGAUGAAGAAAAAUCAUUUAUUGACGUCAAAUGAAGCCAAAACAGUCGGAAUGAAAAUGUAAAAAUAUUUUCACUUCCAGACUUGAAGUUUAGAUCCUGAUGUCUCCAUCUUUCCUUCCUUCCUUGUUAUUUCCUCUCUGCGCUGCGUUCAGGUGCUGCAGGACGUUUCACUCUUUGUUCACUGCAAAAUACAAAAUCUUACGAAUAAUUUUUGUUCAAGUUUCUGUAUUUUCAGUUUUGUCUCAUUUCAAGCGUGUUAACUUACAGGGAAUGUUUCUGAAACAUAUACGAGACUUUAAGUCAAUAAUUUAUUCAUAAUGAUUUUACUAGUUCCACUCAGAUUAUUUAAUUUAUAAAACAUUUCAUGUUAUAAGUGAAACAAUCUGCCUGUGGAACCAGUACUGUGUUUACGUCAUUAAAUCUUUAUUGACCUGUUAUUUAGUUUUCUUAUUUCAAGUCUCAGAUAUUUGCAGUAGAAACAGGAGAAAGUCUGGGUGUGUUUUUGCAGUGCGCUCGCUCGUGCUUUAAUGAUUGGAACACGUGAGUUUUUCAGAGCUGCUGCUUUUCGUCUGAUCGGAUCUCCCCGGGGAUCCAUCGCUGUUGUCUUCUUCUUCCUCCCUGUGAUCCACAUCGCCGCCUCCGCCUGCCGUCCCAUGAUGCUUUGCUGUUUAAUAAUAGAUGCUCUGCAGGGCUUCAUCUCCCUCUCUCCUAUUUUCCUGCUAUUUUCUCUUUAUUCAACAUUUUCUUGCAGGUUCUGAUCAAUAAGUCCUGCUUCUGACCCGGUUCUGCUUGUUCUGGAGACACUAAUCUUCCCGGUCCGUUUCUGGUUCUGGCUCGUUGUUUAGAUUCUGUAAAAAUGGAUCCAGAAAUUGUUCUGUUUUGCAGAAAAGCUGCUGUUCCAGUUCCUCUGGUUUCCAGCACAGAUCUCACUACGACCCGUUCUGUGACCCUCGACCCGUUCUGUGACCCUCGACCCGUUCUGUGACCCCGACCCGUUCUGUGACCCUCGACCCGUUCUGUGACCCCCGACCCGUUCUGUGACCCUCGACCCGUUCUGUGACCCUCGACCCGUUCUGCUGCUGUUCGCUCACCUGAGUGAUGUUUCCCUCUUCAAAUUGGUAUCAAACGUUUGUGCUGCAAAAUUUUAAGUUCUGCUUUUGCUUUGAAUAUAUUAAAGUUUAAAGGUCAACCUGUAAAUCCAACAAAUUGGUGUCAAACGUUUGUGCUGCGAUGCUGCACCAUUUAAAGAUAUUAAUAAAAGUUUCCAGAGGUCAUGGAAAGUCAAAUAUUUGUUCUGCAAAACUUAUUUGUGCUGCUAUCAUUUCAAAGAUGGUGAUGAUUUUUGUUUGCGGCACAAACGUAACGGAGUUGAUUGACACCCAGUUUACUUUUGGUCAUGUUUGGGGACUGGUUGCUCUUUUGACCUUCAAAAUUUCAUGUCUUCAAAACAAAAGCAGCACAAACUAAAUUUUCGCAGCUCAAACGUGGCACCAAAUUUGUUUGAAGGGGCUGGGGUGCUGGUUGACCUUUCAUGACCUCUAGAAACAUUUAUUAAUAUCUUUAAAACAAUAACGGCACAAACGGAUAUUUUUGCUGCACAAACACUCCUGUAGAUUCAUGACUCGCUGAAGCUGCUGAGCUGAAACACGAGAACAUCGUGACAAUGUUUUUAAAUUAUUGAUUGUACAGUUCAAGACGAUGUGUAUGAAAAGACUUUUUCACAAUAAAACUGUUGAAUGUC